AUCUUCAUCUUCAUCUUCAUCUUCGUAGCUCUUCCUUUCUUCUUCUUCUUGGACCCCUGGCAUCUGAUCAGUCUCAGUUUCGUGCGUUUUACCUCUUAGCAUCAACAACCGCCUCCUCCGAUCUCUCUCCUGCGCCACCGUCACUCCUCCUCCGGCCACCGGCUGCUUCACUCUUCCGGAGACGCAGUAGGUUCCUGACGGAACUCCGUCGAGCUCAUCUCUGCCAAAAAUGGGGUAAACAGGAAUGAUCUCAUCGGCAGGGGUGGGGAACUCAAAAUCUUCAUCUUCAUCUUCGUAGCUCUUCCUUUCUUCUUCUUCUUGGACCCCUGGCAUCUGAUCAGUCUCAGUUUCGUGCGUUUUACCUCUUAGCAUCAACAACCGUCUCCUCCGAUCUCUCUCCUGCGCCAUCGUCACUCCUCCUCCGGCCACCGGCUGCUUCACUCUUCCGGAGACGCAGUAGGUUCCUGCCGGAACUCCGUCGAGCUUAUCUCUGCCAAAAAUGGGGUAAACAGGAAUGAUCUUAUCGGCAGGGGUGGGGAACUCAAAAGCAUCAUCUUCAUCUUUAUCUUCAUCUUCGUAGCUCUUCCUUUCUUCUUCUUCUUGGACCCCUGGCAUCUGAUCAGUCUCAGUUUCGUGCGUUUUACCUCUAAGCUGCUCUUCCAAAUUACUGUUCUGCUCUUCCAAUUCUCUGACCCUGUUCUUUGCACCUUGAAACGCGUUCAUAAUUUCAUAUACACGGCUCUCGAAGUAGCCGUAGUCUCCCUCAAUCGCGCUGAGAUUCUCCAUCAGCAACUUCACUUCAUCUCCUUUCUGGGUACGCAGAGAAUCCAGCUCAAGUUCUAAACCCCUCAUUCGAGCUGAUGUUUCACUCUUAUGGGUUUCAUGCAUCUCGGUGUGACUCGCAAGUUCCCUUUCUCUCUCACCCAAUUUCUCCCUCAGCUGGCUACAUUCGGUGACAAGUUCUUGUAAAAGCUUUGAAUUCUCACCAUUCAACGUUUCAGCUUCCAUCUUUAAAUCACUGAUCAUCUUCUCUGCUUCCUUCUCUUCAGUAGUUUCUGUCAACUCCCUUUUCAAGUCAGCCACUUGAAGUUCUUGCUUAAUUUCAUCUGUCACCAUCUGAAACUCAUUUUGCAAUUCUCCAUUUUUACUGCCAUUUUCCUCUGAAGAAUAAGCUGAAUCCGAGUCCAAGCCGGAGGAAGAAAAAUAAGAAACAUAAUCUGUAUUCCCAUAUUUUUCAUCCUCAACUAAUGUCUUCUCCACAGACUUCCUGCCGCAGCUGCCAAAAAUUGAUCGCAGAAUCCGGGAAAAUUUUGAGGGUUUUUUAAUAAUGGAUCGUGGUGGUGGUUGAGAAAAAACAGCUUGCUGAUCCAUUGGGAAAAAAGACAGAAGACAGAGAUGUAACUCUUGGGAAAAAAGACAGAAUUGGGGUAGAGAUGCAGAGAUGUAGGGAGUGCCUUUUAUGGUGAAAGAUAUCCAACAGCAAAAUGAACAACACUGUGAAUAGGAAAUAGAGGAAAUUAAGAGGGGAAUCAAGUCUGGAAACAUUACACCAGAUGCUUCAAAUAUCAGAUUCUCAGAUAAGGUACUUGAUGAGCAAAAGCAUGCCAUCAAGAUUUCUGAUGAGAAGGUGGCUUUGGCUGUUGCAGCAUAUGAGUUGGUACAAAACAUGGCACUCUGUCAUUCCGUCUCUGCUAAGUGACCACAUUUGUUAUAUUGAUGAUUAGCAUAUGUCGUGGUUCCAUAAUUCUUAGCUUUUUUUUUUAUAUUUUUUUUAAUUCAUUAAUUGUUAGUGGCUAAAAUAUCUUAGUGGAUAUCUUGUUCCUGAGUUUCCUUUCGACUCAACUUAACAAGCCUUAACCCCAUUUUCUUGGGGUUGGCUACAUGGAUUGGUCAUUAGUUGGCAUUAUUCAAAGCCACAUCCCAACUACUUGAGUGCAGUUUCUUUCUUUUUUUUUUUUUUGACUGGACAGUAGUUUUGAAGCCUAGCUGGUAUUUGGGUGGCAUCCCAAUUAACCUAGGAGUAAGUGUUUUAGACAUGUUUUAAGUUGUAGUCAAGCAUUUUAUUAUUUGUAACCUAUUCUGCAAGUAAUAGUCGACUGUUUAUAACCUGCCUAUUGUUUAUUGAAUAUAACUUGAGCCAUGUCCUUUUUGAGGAAUAUAUUGAUUUUCUGCACCAUACAAUUCUACAAGUAGGGCCCUUUAAGGAUUUCAUCACUCUUUGUUUAAUGAUUAUGUCUGAUUUCUACAAUGAAGCUCUUAAUGAAAUUUGUUCUUGAGUAUAUUUCUUGGUCUUUAUUGGAUUGAGUCUCACAUAGACUCUCCAUUCCAGACAUCCACCCAUCUUGAUUUUAUUUGAAAAUAGGUUGAAUUCUUGGGAAAGACUAUGGUACACAUGAAGGGUGUGUACCAUAUGCACCCGUAUGCACCUGAUAACUAAAGAAGACAAUGGCACAACUUCAUGCUUUUUGAGUCCCAACUUAAAAAAAAAUAAAAAAUAAAAAAACCAAUAACCAAACAACACAUGAGGCAUAACCAAAGAUCUCAAGAGUCAUAACUAAAAUAAGAUCAUAACUAAAGAAGUUAAUUGAAUAUAACUUGAGUAGAAUUUCCCUAAAUUCUUUUACCCAUAUAUCAUUUCCUGCAUGUGUAAGGACAUCUAUAUUUCAUUAUGGUCAUUGUGAGAUUUUGAUGAAUGAAUUUUUGUUAGAACGUAUGUGUUCAUUGAAUUUUUAUGCAGCAAUGGAACAUUUCAUAGAUCUUGUUUUUACAUCAGUUGUAAGUAUCUCAUGGAUUGAGUUGAAAAUUUCCCCAUUUUGUUUUUUGGUUAGAGUGUAUAUUGUGAUUAUGAAACAGGUAGAUGCUCAAGUUCAACAACUUGAUCAAUAUCUGAAAAAAUUUGAUGAAGAGCUUCAGUGUGAAAGAGAAAGUGCUGCUACAACUGGGUCAGCUGCUCAAAAUCUCAAAAAUAAUGUUAAAGCUACCAGUGGCAGAGGAAGGUGUAAGACGUAUUGCUAAAGGAGACUAUGGGCUUUGACCCUUUGAUAUCAAUUUUGAAGCUUAGAGGAAGUAGCUACAGUUUCACCCAACAGAAGACGAUAAACCUUCUCAGUGCUUUAGAGACCGUCGGUUUGCUAAUAAUGGGAGGUCCAGAAAUUGACACUGGAAAGAUGUCAAUAGGCUGACCAAUAAAGCAGUCUUGGUUCAGGUUUGUUUCAAAAUAAGUUAUCUGCUAUAAUGAAUACCUUUAUAAUUUUGUAAGAUUUCUCUCACUGGUCUAUGUAUAUUAUUGGUUGUAGAAAAAAGUUUUUGACCAUCUUUUAAUGCUACGAGUAGAAAGCCAAUGGGCUCCUGUUCCUGUGCGAUGUAUGGUCAGAUAACAUUCUUUUUCUUCUUGUGGGUGUGUGUGUUUUAAAGAAUACCCUUACAACGAGAUAUCAUGAGGAACACCCUCUUGGAUGCUAGGUUACUUAAAUUACUUGUACGUUUUAUUGGUAAUGUAGAUUGUGCAAUCUGAGUUGUGUCACUCGUUUCAAAGAAUGUUAAAAGAUGGUGAUUAUUACAUCUCCAUUUCUUGUUCUAUAAUGUUCUAUAAUAUUUAAUGGAAAGCGAGAAUAUAAUUGAUAGACCAUUAGUAAAUACAAAGUCCCUUCUGAAGAUGUGUUUCACCAAAUACUCUUUUUCCUGGUUGAGGGAAAACAAACAUGGACUUGGAUAUAGCUUGUGCCAUUCCAAUAGAGUAUUGCAAGUGAGUCUAUCCUGUUAAAUGACACUGUGUAAAGCUGUAAAGUAAAUGGUACAUCUAUGAAAUACCCAUCCUGUAUGGCAAUGAUUGAUGUUCCUAGGAAUUUUGCUUUGAUAAAUAGGUAAAAAAAUGAGAGUCUUCUCUUAUGGUGAACUUGUAGGCACUUAUUUGCAAGAAUAGCUUACUGUGGGCGAUGUAUCUGCUCUAAAAUAGCGAUUCCACAGUUAAGAGCAUGAAUCGAGUUGGAAUUGCAUUUCCAUCAAGAUAGAAUUGAGGUUCCAAUUGUGAUGGGCCCGUUCUCAAGCAUAUGAAUCCAAAAGAUACAAAUGAAAAUCAAUGCAAAAUAAAUAAAUAAAUAAUACCAAAGCAAAGCCACCAGGGCAACUGAGAUGAGACUGUUCUCAAAUACUUACCUGAUGCUAGUUUCCUAUGUCUGUGCUCUUUAGAGUAAGUUGUAUAACUAGGAACUUCUCAUUCUUUUAAAGAAAAUAAAUAAAUAAAUAAAUAAAAGGUUAGAAUACUGGCUAAGUAUAUCAAUAAAUGUAUGCCCUCAUGCACGUAGUUGGGCUCAGAAUUAUUUAUUUAAUUAUUUAGACUCCUUGGACCAUAGAAAAUGCUAUUUCCUGCUUAUUACUAAAUGGCUUGUUUAAGGCAUAUAAGUCUAGCAAUAACUAAUAAAGUAAUUAAGUGUUUUACUAACUUUCAUGCAUUUUUUCGCAGAAUAGAGAUCUACUAAUGAGCUUUAUGUUAAAAUUAUUGCAUGAAAUAAAACGCAUGAUCAUUAACAACCAUUUACUUAUAUACCAACAAAAAGAAACUUCUUGGUGCAUCACCAACUUUAGAAAGGUGCAGAGUCUGUAUAAAAAAUUUCCAGGACUUCUAACAUGCACAGAAGCUUUUUAUUUAUAUGAGGCACUUAGAUGCAUCGGUGAUCUGAUUGCCAGUCAUACUAAGAAUCUUGAUGCCCUGGCAAGCAAAGUUCUUGAAGAGGAGCCACAAGUAGAGCCUGCACUGAAUUCUAUCCUUCGAAUCAUCUUGAGGACUUCCAGCAUGCAGGAAUUUGUAGCAGCAGACUAUGUUUUUAAGUGCUUUUGUAAGAAAAACCCUGAUGGUCAAGCAAUGCUUGCAUCUACAUCAAUCCCUCAACCGCAGCCAACGACUCAUGCUCUGCCUGAGGAUGUGAGAACAUGUCAUUUGGAAGAGCUGCUAGUGUUCUUUCUCAUGUGCUAAAGGACAAUAUGCAAUGCAAGGAGAGGGUUUUACGAAUUAAAUUCGAAGAACCUACACCAUCUUUAGGAGCCCCAGAGCCAUUAUUGUACUGUGUAGUGAAAUACUUGGCUCUUGUUUCUUGCAUGAAAAGUAAAGAAGGAAAACUAAAUGCAUCAGGGAAUACAUAUGUACAAGCAAUUAUUUUGAAACUGCUAGUCAUUUGGCAUUCAAAUUGCCCGAGUGUGGUGCAGUGCUUCCUAGAUUCACGUCCUCAUCUUACAUAUCUGCUAGAGUUGGUAUCAAAUUCAACCACAACAGUGUGUAUAAGGGGGUUAAUAGCGGUUAUAUUAGGAGAAUGUGUUAUUUAUAAUAAAUCCAGUGACAGUGGAAAGGAUGCUUAUACCAUAGUUGAUGCCACAAGUCAGAAAGUGGGGCUCACAUCAUACUUUUUGAAGUUUGAGGAGAUGCAAAAAAGCAUAAUUUUUUCUUCUGCAAAACCGGCUGAGCCCCAGAAACCAUUGACAAGAUCCACCGUUGCUAGUAUAGCUGAGAUUGAAGAUGUCGAAGAGAAUAAGGCGAGUGAUCUGAAGAAUGAGGAUCAUCCGAUGCUUGCUUCGAUGUUUGAUGCUCAGUUUGUUGACUUCAUCAGGAAUUUGGAGGCAGAUAUUAGAGAGAGCAUUGUAGAUGUCUAUAGUCAUCCAAAGAGCAAUGUGGCGGUAGUGUCAGCAGAAUUGCAACAGAAAGGUUGGGAAAGUGAUGGAGACUAUGUUAAACGGCUGAAAUCAUUUGUAGAGAAGCAGUGCUCUGAGAUAACGGAUCUUCUUAGUCGCAAUGCGACCUUAGCUGAAGACCUGGCCAAGAUUGGUAGGGGUGGUUCAUCCCAGCCUGAGCAUAGAUCUAGUGGGGGCUCAGAAAGAGUCCAGUUGGAGACACUCCAUAUAGAUCUUCAAGAGGCAUCACAACGGCUAGACACGCUUAAAACAGAGAAAACCAAGAUUGAAUCCGAGGCUUCAAUGUACUGUAAUUUGGCUGGUAAGAUGAAAUCCUAUCUGAAAAGCUUGUCCGAUGCUUAUAACAAUCUUGAACAGGCAAAUUUCCAUCUAGAAAAGGAAAUUAAAGCUUUGAAGAGUGGAGGGGCCACACGUAUUCCAGAUGUCAAGACUGUAAAGGCAGAAGCAUGGGAAGAAGCCCAAAAGGAGAGCGAGGCAGAAUUGAAUGAUUUGCUUGUAUGCCUCGGGCAAGAGCAGAGCUAGGUAGAGAAGCUGAGUGUGAGAUUGUUAGAGUUGGGUGAAGAUGUAGACAAAUUACUUGAAGGAAUUGGUGAUGAUAUUGGGCUUCUGGAAGAUGCUGAAGUCGAGGAAGACUGAUAGCCUCAUGGGUUGAUCUUUUGUACAUCUUUAGUGAGUUGUACAGUACUUAGUCUCCAAUUGUUUUUAUAAUGUUGACAUAGUUGAAUCUAAAUUAGUUAUUCUUUGGGAUUGUCUUUUGUUGGUGGAAACAUGAUGUGUAUUUUAUUGUUGAAGCCUCCCAAGAAGAUGUAUAUUGACAGUAACUUCCAGUAUUGAUCAUUUUUUCCAACUCUAUUAGCAUGUUAACUCCA